AUGGGGCCCUACGAACUGAUGCAGGCGCGCAGAACUGCAAUGGAUCGACAGCUCUCCAGAGCCCAGGUGCUAGUAUGUACUUGCGUUGCUGCGGGGGCGAGACAUCUCGAUGGACCCGGCUACGAUCUUGUUUUCAUCGACGAAGCAAGUUAAGGCUUUUCCUAAUCCAUCUCUGUAGAGAGCCCGCAAGCGUAGGCAUCCCAAUACAAGGGAGCAGAUAGCUACCGGGCACAUUCUUACAGAUGCUACUCAGGCUACUCAGGCUAUUCAGGAUCCCUUCCAUAUUGACAGAUGCUACCAGGCUAUUCAGGAUCCCUACAGAUGCUACGAAGUGGGAGAUGCUCUAAGCAAGUCAGGUGACGGAGCCCUCGGCGCUCGUCGCACUGCAGAGAGCAGGCAAAGACGUUAAGCAGGUAGUUAUGCUGGGAGAUCAUAAGCAAUUGCCACCUACAGUUUUCUGCGAUGAGGAGGCGCUUAGCGUUAGUCUCUUUGAGCGACUUAUAGACGAGGGAGUGGAGCCGGUCACGCUAGUGGAGCAUUGGCGCAUGCAUUCUCAGAUUGCAUAGUUUCCGAGCCAAGCCUUUUAUCAUGGAUGGCUUCUGAACGCUACAGACGACAAUAAAUUGCAAUCGAUUGGAGCUACCAAGAGUAACGUAGAAUUGGUCCACGUUGCACCCUUACAGCAGCAAGGAAACGAGACAAAACGAGGCCCCUCAGCCUGCAACGAGCAAGAAGCGGCUCGUUUAGUGGAAUACUUGAGUUAAGGCGCCUCAGGAUAUUUCAGGAAAUCUUGAUCUCUAAGACGUAUUAGCAUUUGCCUCGGUUUCCCUUUUGGAGUCCUUUGGGACUAUGAGGGAGUUCAACAAAACAAGAUGAAUUAAGUACGACCUUCAGCGCUAAUUUUGGAAUCUGGAAGUUGCUUCGCCCAAAAAUGCCUACGCUGAGACACCAGCAUCAAUUGGAAUUUUAACGCCUUAUCUAGCGCAUAAGCAGGAGAUUGAAGACUUGCUUCGCCGAGACAGGUCGCUUAACCGCUUGAACUUAA